AUGGCACUGUCUUUGAGUUGUCUGAUUUUUACAUUGGCCUUUGAGACACAUAUCGUGCUAAUUAGUGGAUAUUAUCCUCAUCAUUACGACCAAGAUACCGAUCAUGAAAUAGCGACAGCGGCUUGUAUCGCUUUGGGUCCACAAAGGUCUUACAUCGCGGCCAUUCCUCGCAAGUGUGUCGGUGGAGAGUCAUGUAAUGCAAUCUGUCAGUCAGUCACUGAUAUGAAUGAGGACUGGGAUGCCUUUAACAAAAAACCUCAAUGCAUUGAUGCCUUGCAUAUUUACUCCAAACGAGGCCUUAAGAAUACUCCCAAUGCCAAAUGGGUCAACACCUGGAGGUACGGAAGUUUUAGUUGUUCUGCUACUCACUGCGGUCCAAACUUUUGCUGUUGUUCUCAGUAGUAUUGAUUGAAUAAAAUUAAAUCUGCA